AUGGCUGCUAGAACCCCUUCAAUCCGCGCAUUGUCGCGCUAUCUACUACGCCCACAAGCACCACUUCGACCCCGCUGUCAACACCAUCUCCAACGCAAACAAUACUCGGCUGCAGCACCUGGUGCACGCCUUAAUGGUACAGUAGAGUACGAUACAACGCCCAUCCUCCACCACACCGCCAAAUCGUCCCUCUCCAACCCCGAGUUUUCUGCAGAGAUACAAAAGGGCCAAACAAAGCGUAUAAACCUCUACACCGCCAUCAAUGAAGCCUUGCGAUAUGCCUUGCAAACCGACGAACGCGUCAUGGUGUUUGGAGAAGACGUGCAGUUUGGAGGUGUUUUCCGGUGUACCAUGAAUCUGGCCGGAGACUUUGGCACAGAACGCGUCUUCAACACUCCCUUGAGCGAGCAGGGGCUUGUGGGAUUUGCUAUUGGAGCAGCUGCAGAGGGCAUGAAGCCUGUAGCGGAAGUUCAAUUCGCAGACUAUGUCUUCCCGGCGUUUGACCAAAUACACAAUGAGGCGGCCAAGUACAGAUACCGGUCGGGGAGCACGGGUGUGAACUGUGGAGGGCUAGUCAUCCGCAUGCCAUCAGGCAGUGUCGGACAUGGCGCUCUCUAUCACACGCAAUCUCCAGAGGCCCUCUUCACUCACACACCCGGUCUGCGCGUCGUAAUACCUCGCUCGCCCGUUCAAGCCAAAGGACUCCUCCUUUCUGCGAUACGUUGCCAGGACCCUGUCGUGUUUAUGGAGCCCAAGAUACUAUAUCGUGCAGCCGUUGAGCACGUCCCUGUCGACGCAUUCUACCUCCCACUAGACAAGGCUGAAGUCCUCAAGACGGGCAAGGAUGUGACAAUAGUCUCAUACGGCACACCCCUAUACACAUGCUCAGCAGCGAUAGCAGCUGCAGAGAAGGAUUUCGGAUGCAGUGUUGAGCUGAUAGAUCUCCGGACGAUAUACCCAUGGGACCGAGAGACGGUCCUAGAAAGCGUGAAGAAGACUGGAAGAGCGAUUGUAGUGCAUGAGAGCAUGAUGAACGCGGGUGUAGGUGCCGAGGUCGCUGCUACAAUCCAGGAAAAGGCAUUUCUCAGACUAGAAGCGCCUGUGAAGAGGGUGACAGGGUGGGCAACACAUACCGGACUCAUGUUUGAGCAGUUUGUCAUUCCGGAUGUUACCAGGGUUUACGAUGCGAUCAAAAAGACUAUAGACUAUUGA